AUGGCUCCUUGGGCACAGCUAGCUUUAGUCACUCUUUUCACUCCACUCCUGGCUUCCCCAGUUCCAGGCGAAGACUCGAAUCAUCUGCAUCAGAGAGCAGCAGAGGGCUAUGAAUCACCUCCGUACUAUCCUACCCCGCCGGGAGGAUGGAUUGCCGAUUGGACUGAUGCCUAUUCAAAGGCGCAGCAUAUCGUCGCUAACAUGACGCUCGCUGAGAAAGUCAACCUCACCACGGGGACAGGAUUCUUCAUGGGCCCUUGUGUGGGCCAAACAGGUAGCGUCCCUCGAUUCGGCAUCCCUAACAUCUGUCUACAAGACAGCCCACUUGGAAUCCGGAAUUCAGAUCAUAAUACUGCCUUCCCGCCUGGUAUCACGGUAGGCGCAACAUUCAACAAAGACCUCAUGUAUGAGCGUGGUGUUGGAAUCGGCGAAGAGGCCCGUGGCAAGGGUGUGAACAUCCAAUUGGGUCCCUCCGUUGGUGCGCUUGGCCGUAAGCCGCGCGGUGGACGGAACUGGGAAGGCUUCGGUGCUGAUCCUGCUCUGCAAGCUUUUGGCGGUGCAGAGACUAUCAAGGGAAUGCAAAGUACCGGAGCCAUUGCGGCUAUCAAGCAUUUCAUUGGCAACGAGCAGGAAAUGCAUCGCAUGAGCAGCAUUGUCACCAAGGGAUAUUCGUCCAAUAUUGAUGACCGCACACUGCAUGAACUUUAUCUUUGGCCGUUUGCCGAGGGUGUUCGUGCCGGCGUGGGCUCUUUGAUGACCGCGUACAGCGAUGUUAACAGCUCGAGCUGCAGUCAAAACAGCAAGCUAUUGAAUGGCAUUCUGAAGGAUGAACUCGGUUUUCAAGGAUUCGUGAUGACUGAUUGGUUGGGUCAUUAUUCGGGAGUUCCGUCAGCACUGGCUGGUUUGGAUAUGGCCAUGCCUGGCGAUGGAGCCGUGCCGUUGUUUGGAGAUAGCUAUUGGGGACCAGAGCUUUCGCGCUCAGUAUUGAAUGGAAGUGUACCUGUGAACCGUCUCAAUGACAUGGUCACCCGCAUCGUUGCUACAUGGUACAAGUUUGGCCAAGACAAAGAUUAUCCCCUGCCAAACUUCUCAACCAACACCCAGGACAAGGAGGGGCCUCUUUACCCCGGAGCUCUCUUCUCCCCGAGUGGUGUUGUCAAUCAAUUCGUGGACGUACAAGGAAACCACAAUGUCACUGUCCGGAAGGUUGCCCGUGAGGCAAUCACCUUGCUGAAAAACGACAUGAAUAUUCUUCCUCUUCGCCGCAAUGACUCUCUCAAGGUGUUCGGAACCGAUGCCGGCGGAAACCCCGAUGGGCUCAACUCGUGCACAGAUCAAGGAUGCAACAAGGGCGUUCUGACCAUGGGCUGGGGCAGUGGGACCGCUCGGUUGCCUUAUCUUAACACACCCCAGGAGGCCAUUGCAAACAUCACCAGCAAUGUUGAGUUCCAUAUCACCGAUUCCUUCCCUUCCAGCGUUACCGCUACUGCCAAAGAUAUUGCUCUCGUCUUUAUCAACGCGGACUCAGGCGAGAAUUACAUCACCGUUGACGGCAACCCCGGAGAUAGAACCGAGGCCGGCUUGAACGCUUGGCACAACGGCGAUGAUCUCGUCAAAGCCGCAGCUGCAAAAUUCUCCAACGUUGUCGUGAUAAUUCACACUGUCGGGCCCAUCUUAAUGGAAGAAUGGAUCGAGUUGAAAUCAGUCAAAGCUGUGCUUGUGGCUCAUCUCCCCGGUCAAGAAGCUGGAAACUCCCUGACCGACGUGCUCUUCGGUGACUAUAGCCCAAGCGGACACAUGCCAUACACUAUUCCCCGCAGCGAGGACGACUACCCAGACAGCGUGAGCUUGAUCAGUCAACCCUUCGGUCAAAUUCAAGACACCUACACCGAAGGCUUGUACAUCGAUUACCGUCACUUCCUCAAAGCCAACAUCACACCACGAUACCCCUUCGGCCAUGGCCUCUCAUAUACGACAUUCAACUUCUCCCAGCCUUUAUUGUCAACUAUCACACCUCUGGACACAGCCUACCCACAUGUACGCACCACAAAACCCCCCACGCCAGCUUACAGCACCGAUAUUCCCGCCGCUUCAGAAGUCGCUUGGUCUUCAUUCACCUCCACUCGCAUCUGGCGCUACCUCUACCCUUACCUUGACAACCCGCAGUCCAUUACAGCGACAAAGCAAUACCCGUACCCUGAUGGCUACAGCACCGAGCCACACGCAGCCCCACGGGCGGGAGGCGGGCAGGGUGGGAAUCCCGCGCUCUUCGAGACUGCCUUCUCUGUCCAGCUGAAGGUCCGGAACACGGGCACGCGGACCGGUAAGGCUGUACCUCAGCUAUAUGUUGAGUUACCUUCCAGUCUGGGUGAUACUCCUGCCCUGCAACUUCGCCAAUUCGAGAAGACGAAGGAGCUUGCGCCUGGCCAGAGUGAGACUGUUACGUUGAGUAUUACUCGGAAGGAUGUCAGUGUGUGGGAUGUUGUCGUGCAGGAUUGGAAGGCGCCUGUUAAUGGGCAGGGCAUUAAGAUCUGGGUUGGAAACAGUGUUGCGGAUUUGCCUGUGCUGUGUGUUGUUGGUGGCGCGUGUUCUGCGCAAUAA